AUGCAGCCCCAGAUCUCGCGAAUUGCCCUCAUGGUCAGCCUCUCCACCCCAGCAACCCGCCAGUUCCAGCUUCACGCCUGCGUCUUCGCAUAUUCCACCUUUCGCAGCAGCCCGCAUUUCUCCUACCCCUCUGCGCCUGCUCCUGCUCGACAAUUCUCUGAGUCAAAGGUGUUACGGAAAGCCCGAGAUGAUGCGACGAGUAAAGCGAAGGCGCUGAAUCAGAAGGGUUUGCAGGAGCUGGAAGAUGGGGUUCAUGGACAGAUUGACGACGCGAUUGGGCAGGCGAGGGAGCUGCAGGCGAGGACGCCGUGGCAUAGGGAGGGCAGCGACACGCCGCCUGUGAGGAGGGAUCGCAGUGCAGGAGCUAUGACCAAGGGCAAACUCCUCACCACGCCCUCCCGCCUGCUGAAGCUCAUCCUCCCCCUGACGACCACCGACAAGAACACAGACCGCAAAUCUAUCGAGCCACUCGCCCUGCUGGUGCAUCCGCAGCAACCGCUCUCGUAUCUCGAACGGCUGAUCCAGUCUGAGCUUCCGAUGAUCCAGGGGAAAGACGGGAAGGAGAAGGUCGCGCAGGUUUGGUUUAGGGCGGAGGAUAGUGUGAGAGAUGAGAUCGAGGAUGGAGAGCGAGACGAGGGGGAUGAAGAGGACAGCAUCGAGCAAGAUUCGAAGGAAAGGCAAGAGGGAGAGGAGGGCAGCGAGGAGGAGAUGAUUGAUGGGAAGUUAGUCAAGGUUGGAAAGAUAAGUGGUGGGAAGACUAAGGACAAAUCUGCAGAUUCCAAGUCAUCGGAAGUCGAAGGGCGGGAUCGCAGCACAAUCUCGCAAAUCGAGACGUCGCUCCGCGGUGGGCCAGGCGAAGGAGGCGUCGAGACAUAUAGUGGCCAAGGUCGCGAGUCCUCGACCCCGCCUGAAAAGGAGCAGAAAUUCGUGCGCUGGUCGUCGUCGACUGAGAUUGGGGACUUCAUUAGAGAUGCCGCGCGAGGGAGGGAAUUUGCGGUGGAGAUUGAGGGGGCGAGUCAGGAGAUUAGGGUUGGCGUGCCGAGUUUCAACGACAGGACGCAUUACUUGAGGGUGAGAUUGAGGAAGACGAGUAGGAAGUUGGCGGACAUGGCGAGUGUGAAGAAGGAGUGUGACAAGCUUGCUCAUCGGAGUGCGCAGAGGCUUGCUAUGGGCGGCUUCGCAGUCCUCGUGGGCUGGUGGGGAGCAAUCUACCACUUUACCUUCCGCACCUCGUACGGCUGGGAUACAAUGGAACCUGUAACUUACCUGGUCGGUCUUUCGACCAUCAUCUGCGGUUACUUAUGGUUCCUCUAUCACAACCGCGAGGUCUCGUACCGGGCGGCCCUGAAUCUCACGGUCAGUAGAAGACAAAAUACGCUGUAUACAGCAAAGGGCUUCGACGUAGGGAAGUGGGAGAGCAUGAUAGAGGAAGCGAAUGCGUUGAGAAAGGAGAUCAAAGCCAUCGCGGAUGAGUAUGAUGUCGAGUGGGACGAGAAGAAGGACGAGGGCAGCGAGGAGGUGCACGAUGCGCUGAGGGAGGAGCGGAGGAAGCAGAAGAACGGGGAUGAGGAGGAUGAUGACGAGGAGGACGCUAAAAAGGGUCGGGGGAAGAAGAAGGAGACUGCGAAGAAGGGGGGAGUUGACUAA